AUGCUAGCCAUGAAGACCAUCUCUGUGCUACUGAUGUCACUGAUUCUGGCCGCAGUUCUAGGCGAGAAGGAUGCGAGUCCCUCCAGAUUCCGCCUGAAGGCGCGUGACCUCCAAACUCGAGGGCCCCGAUAUGCUGAGGGGACUUUUAUCAGUGACUACAGCAUCGCCAUGGACAAGAUCCGUCAACAGGACUUUGUGAACUGGCUGCUGGCGCAAAAGGGGAAGAAGAGCGACUGGAAGCACAACCUUACCCAGAGGGAGGUGCAGGUCUUGGAGCCAGCCCAGCAGGCCAACUGGAUGGAGGAGACCAGCAAUGAGGUGCAGGGCUCCCCAAACCAGGACCCCAGUGACAAAGGUCUGCUGAAAGAGGUGCUGUUUCAAGAGCUGCUGGCAUGUGUGAUGGGCGAGACCAAGCUCUGCAAGCUGAGGUUCCGUGACUAA